AUGCCCCACACGUCAUCCACCUCGAGCAUAAUAGACGAUGCCUUUCUUUUCACAUUCUGGACCCUACAGUCCCUCCUUGUCCUUGGCGUCCUCGCAUUCACAACAUUCAUCGUGCUCCUCCUGGCCGCCAAAUCAGACCCAAGCUUUGCAUUCAUCUCAUGGAUCCUCUUCCUCAUCCUCACAAUUAUCACACUCUCCCUAACCUGCGUUGAGAUCCACCGCUAUUUCUCAGCUAGGGGCCUCAGUCCCAAAACCUAUCUACUCUAUCAACAGGUGAAAACCACACUCUCGCUGGUGAUCUGGACGGUACUGGUGAUUUGCGCCCUCAUAGAGCCGGGGUCGCAUAGCCUGGGAACCGAGAACAUUGUUAAGGCGGGGGUUGUUUGCCAGAUACCAUUUAUGAUCCCCCUUAUCUACGCAGCAAGGCGUGUUACUAGCGCGGGCCACACUAGUGAAGAAGACUGGUCAGGCCAGAAUGACCGCGCCCCGCUCUUGAGGAGCUAA